AACCCCAAUAACUUCUAAAACACUUAUGUGACAAGAAUUUCGAGGAUUUCAGGAUAAAAUUUUAUUUGCUUGUACACGAGACCACUGAAAAUGUAUUAUUUAAGUGCUGCAGCUCUCAAUAGAUUUACAGCAUCCUGUGGGACGUUUAUUAACAUUCGAAUGAUGCAAAUAUCCGCGGUAGAUUUUGCUGCUCGUAAAGGUACUCGGGAGAAGGCACGGAAAGCUAAGGUGAAAAAAGUGGUUGAAAAAAUUGGAUUCAUCCGGCAUGACAUGCGAAAUAAAGACAAAUUGAAACUUAAUCUUGUAAACAAACAUAUAGAUGACAGCUGGAAGCAAGUUCCAGUGGACAACUGCUGGGUAGGCAAAUAUUACAAAUGGAAAGUAUAUACAACACAAGAAGCAAUCCUUUGUCACCGCGAGACACAUCAUCCAACAAUGUAUAAUCUGCCUAAUGCACCACUUUUUGCUCAUAUCGAGCUAAACAUGCAGGCAGAAAAGAUCACCCGUUUUGUAGAUAAUUUCCAACGAAUGGUAGCUGUUCCACAUAAAUUUGCGCAUACGGAAAAUAGGAACAUUAUUGCUUUUGCCAAAGGUCAAGAUAUUCUUAAAGAGGCAUCUGAUGCAGGAGCCACGCUGGUUGGUGGAAUAGAACUAAUUAAGGAGAUUCAAAGCGGCGACUUACAGCUCUCCGAGUAUCCAUUCGUUCUCGCUCAUCCCAACAUUCUUCCUGAUUUGGUCGUUAUUCGUGGCUUAUUAAAAAAAAGCAAAUUUCCUAGCCCACGACAGGGAACGCUCGGUACAAAUUUGGCGGAAAUGAUAGAAAAAUUUUCUCACGGAAUUCAAUACUCCGCUGAGAAAAAUGAAUAUCAGAAAGAUUUCGGAUCAAUUGUGGCGUGCAUCGGUACACUUGAAAUGGACGUCAAGCAUUUAGAAAACAAUUUGGCUACUUUACUUAAUGAUGUUAAUUCGAUGCGACCGAAACGGCAAGGAAAAUUCAUUACACGCGUUUUAUUAAAAAGCCCUCCCUCAGGUGAAACGUUGAAAAUUGAUCCUUUCUUGUACAUACCAGAGGAAAGUAAAAUUACAUCCAAAAAAGCAGCCGAGGAAGUCGCAGAGUCUGACGAAGAAAGUGAAACUCAAGUGAAAGUAACUAUGAAGAAUUGAUGGCUAACGUUUGGUAAUGAAUUUUUAGUAAAUUAAAGUAACAAA